GGAGACCGCUCGCCGGGAAGCCGGCCCUGCCCCAAGGGUCAGCGCCGCGCGCGGCUACAGGCGCCGCGCGGCCGCCGGGCAUCGCCGGGGCCCUGGCGAGCCGAGUCCCUGCUCUCCCGGCCUCGGUGCGACCCUCCGUCCUCAAGCUGGUCUGGCGGCAAGGGGUGAGUCUACAGCCCUCGGGGACAGUCGCGCUUCCUCCUCCCCGCGCCGCACCCGAGCGCCCCGCGCCCGCAGCGGCCGGCGGAAGUCGGCUGAGCGUCUCGGCCCCAGGCGCGGGGUGCGGACCGCUUUGGCCGAGGAGGACACCGAGACCGGCCGAGGGGGAGUAAAGUGACUCGUCCAAGGGUACCGGGCCAUUGAGAGCGGAAGCGCGUUCCCGCCGCCCCCUGGAGAGCCCUGGCUCGGCCUCCCGGAGGAGGACACGGCUGCCCCCACCCCACCCCGGGGGCAUCACGGCCGCCCCUCUCCGCGCAGCCCCCAUCCAGGCCGGGUGUGUCCCCGCCGGGCUGACUCGGGACUCGACUUCCGGUGUCCCCGCUGUUGUCCGCGGGCAUCCUUCUCCCAGCCCCGCCCAAGCGCCCUGCCCUUCGCUGCUGCGGAUCCCCUGGCCCGCCGCCCUCGGCGUCCCGCGAAGGGCGGCGGUUGGGAGGCAGAUCCGAGAGCGGCUAUCCUAGCUGGAGCCACCCAGGGGAGGGCAGGGCAGCAAGGAUGGGGCCGCUCUCCCCUGAAUAGGGCGCAUUCCUUUGCAGGUGACACGGCUUUUAGAGCCUGCCAGCCCCGGGAGAGGUGGACUGACUCACCGAGGCACGCUCAGUCUCUGCAAGAGCCCGGGCUCAAAUGCUGUACCCAGCAAUGCGCGGCCACAGACUGGCCCUGGGCCUAGGAUUCUGCCUGCUGUUGGGCACUGCCCUCUGCUCGCUGUGGAUGUAUUUUGAGAACUGGCUGCGUGUCUCCUAUGUUCCCUAUUAUCUCCCCUGCCCAGAGAUCUUCAACAUGAAACUGCAGUAUAAGGGGGAGAAGCCAUUUCAGCCUGUGACACAGUCACUGUACCCUCAGCCCAAGCUUCUGGAGCAAAGGCCCGCUGAGCUGCUGACCCUCACGCCCUGGUUGGCGCCCAUUGUCUCGGAGGGAACCUUCAACCCCGAGCUGCUGCAACGCAUCUACCAGCCGCUGAACCUGACCAUCGGGCUCACAGUGUUUGCCGUGGGCAAGUACACCCGCUUCGUCCAGCACUUCCUGGAGUCGGCCGAGCAGUUCUUUAUGCAGGGUCACCGGGUGCACUACUAUGUUUUCACCAACGACCCCGCAGCCAUUCCUCGGGUGCCGCUGGGCCCCGGCCGCCUCCUCAGCAUCGUCCUCAUCCAGAGGCACUCGCGCUGGGAGGAGAUCUCCACGCGCCGGAUGGAGACCAUCAGCCGGCACAUCGCCGAGAGGGCACACCGGGAGGUGGACUACAUUUUCUGCCUCGACGUGGACAUGGUGUUCCGGAACCCGUGGGGCCCUGAGACCCUGGGGGACCUGGUGGCGGCCAUUCACCCGGGCUACUAUGCUGUGCCCCGCCAGCAGUUUCCCUACGAGCGCAGGCAUGCUUCCACUGCCUUUGUGGCGGACGACGAGGGGGACUUCUAUUAUGGUGGGGCGGUCUUUGGGGGGCGGGUGGCCAGGGUGUACGAGUUUACUAGAGGCUGCCACAUGGCCAUCCUGGCGGACAAGGCCAAUGGCAUCAUGGCCGCCUGGCAGGAGGAGAGCCACCUGAACCGUCGUUUCAUCUCCUACAAGCCCUCCAGAGUGCUGUCCCCUGAGUACCUCUGGGAUGACAGGAAGCCCCAGCCACCGAGCCUGAAGCUGAUCCGCUUUUCUACGCUGGACAAGGACAGCAGCUGGCUGAGGAGCUGACGGCUGAGCCAGGCUGCUGUGCAUGGGGACCCCAAGCCCUGCAGCCAGCUCGCCCCGGCAGAGCACCCGGCUCGUCCCCAGCAAGCACCCCGCUCGCCCCCGGCGGAGCACCCCAGCUUGUCCCAGCAGAGCACCCUUUACCAGUGCCCCCCCUUCUCAGGCCUCAGGUGAGAUCCAUCCGGUCCUGCCUCCCUCAGUCUAUUAGCAGAAGUUCACCUGGAAAAUGGAUGUGGAAGGGCCUUUGUAAACUGUGAAGGGCUGCGCCCACAUGAGCGGAACACCAAGAUCACACGGCAGCGUGGCCCGAGAAUGGUCAGGCGGGAAGAGGUGAAGAAGACAGAGCCGCAGGCCUGGCCCAGCAGACGUGCCUUCGGGGCAGGCUCCGGAGUCAGCCCUACUCAGUGCCUAAAAGCCCGCCUCUGCCCCACUUCUGUUGCCUAUUUGCCCCUAAAGCUGCACUUCUCAGACCCCGGUGUGAAAGGCAUCCACACGCCUCUUCUCUGGCUGUAGGGGUCCCGGGUGCUGGGACGUCCCCCAGCCACACAGCGCCAACCCCUCGCUCGGCCCUGGAGUGAGUCUUUGCAACAGAACAGGCCUGGCCCUCUCUGGCGUUGAGUCUAGCCCGCACCCCACGGCGGACCACACUCUCUGGCACCAGCCCCACCUUUGCAAGGGGGUUUGGGCAGUUUUUAAUAAAGGUGACGUGCACGAA